CUGUGUGUAUAAAUACAGGGGCGACAGAGUGCAUGCGUCAGAGAGAAACUCUCUAUCGGCACCAGAGGAGCUCCUCGUAGACAGUCAGGCGACCACAUCAAGCGGUUGAGGUCGAAAAACGACGCAAUUUCAGUUGUAGCCCGCUCUUUUGUUUUAUGGAUCCAGAGGACGAUUGUCAUCCAUCGUCCAGCAGGAGGUCCGUCGGCGCCUCCAGCAACUCUUCGCAGCUGCCCAAAGCAGUCGGCUCGAGCAAGACGGCGCCCGCGGAGAAUGCAGCGCCCACGAGCAGCGCCAUCAUCAUGGCCUCUCCGGAGGAUUACGUGCCCUCCGUCGGCAGGUGGGGCUGCGAAUGGCCAAGUUGACUCGCAACGCCCCACUCGGACGCGCCUCAUGCUAAGGGCCUAGACUGGCCCCCGGACAGACCCCUGCCACUGCCUCAGUGGUCAAAGUAUGCGCCGUUGGCUUUCUGCGUCACCACGAUGGAGGCCUACGAAGACGUGGCCUCCAAGGUCGAGCUGCAGGUGCAGAACUUGCUGAAGAAGCACAACUACAACACUGUCGGCAAUUUCGUAAGGUUUUACAUGGGAUUCGAAUCUAGCGGAUUCACUCAGCUGGACCAGUUCUUCCGGGAGUACUCGCCACCAAUUACUCCGGAUCACCACACGUGUGUUGGACUCGGCUUGGAGCUGCUUAAUAAACUGUGGUGCCUUGAAUCCUCGUAUGCUGGUCUUGCAUCAAAAUUCUACGUCGUAUCAUGCGAAGAGGCGAUCGAGAACGUCACACGGUACACAGGUAAUGGACCUCCUCCUGUCCAGCUGGCAGAAAAAGAGCACAUUUUGCUGGCAAUGAAGAUCCAGAUCGACAACAGGACUGGAUUUCUGGUUCUGGACCCAGGCUAUCACGUUGCAAGAGCAGUCACUAUUAUGGCGGAUAAGAAGUAUCCUCACACAGGUUGGUUCACCCAGAAGAAUGAUGAGGCUGGAGUAAAAGAAUACAACUACGAGUUAGAUCCUACGGGUCGAUACCUCAUUUGGAAAAUUCACGAGACAAACCACCGUGGAGAAAACAACGACUAUGAAAGCCUCAUUUACGUUGAACAGCCCUUCCUGUGUGCAGUCCAGUGCACUGAGAGACGCAACUUGGUCUACAACUUCAAGAGUCUUCUCGCCAGAGACACCAAAGGCCAAGUCAUUGCCGGCCUCUACUUUGACCUCACGCAGAGUGAUAAGGUCACGAUUUUCUGCAAGGAUGACGAAGGAAGUAAGCUGAGGAAGAAACUCAACUUCUCCGUGUUCUCUGGAAAAGCCUUACCCGCGGAAAUUGAAGAGUUGGUUGAGGAUUGUGGCAGUCAAUUGGGCAUGCUGGAAGGUGACCUCUGUAAUCUGCUUAUCACCUUGGCAACAAUCGUAGAGAACAAGCAGUUUGUUCAGCAGACACUCGCCAUCAACGAUAUCGUCAACAACAUUGCUGCCGAAAACUAAAAAAAGAAAGAGCAUUAUGCAAGCGUUUUGUUUCAACAUUUUUCAACAUAGUUUCUUUUACGCGUUGAUUACCACGUGCAUUUGUAAUAUUUACGAAUAACAUUCUUUUGAUAUAGUAUCAUUUCUUUUGUUUCUUAGAAAUUCACUGCUCUUGGUUAAAUUGUCUAUCAUCGGGUGCAAUAAAAAAUUGAGUUGGAAAAUAAACCAAAAA